AUGCCAACGGUUCCAAGCGUAGAAGAAAGAAAAGCGUUCAGAUUCUGUUUGGAGCUGUUAGCUGUAGCCCAGAUUAAUCAACCGCUCUCAAUCAUUUCCCAGCAUCUUCAGAUGUUCAAUCGCGGUUUGAUGUCUUCAACUGUGGUGCUUUUUAAUUUUCGAAAAUCCUUAACUCAAUUUUUAAGGAGGAAAGAAGACUUAUGGUUCAGUUUUCUCAGGAACAUGCUUUUUUUCGCGAUGCGCUAGAUUCCUACUUCAUUAGAACUCCGGGGCCAAAUGGUAACUUUUUCGUAACUUUUAUCUGCAAAAAGUUCAACAACGCCAAGUAAAAAAGAAGUAUUUCAGAUACUCCGACGCCGCGACCGCGCCCCACUCCACGCCCAGAACCUCGCAGGCGAUCUAAGAGAAUCCAGGCUCAGAAGAACGUUGCAACCAGGAAAUCGCUUCCUCGAAAAGCCAAGACGUCGGCGAAGCCAAACACUGGCAACGGUUCGCGCAGAGCCAAAAAAUGA